CGUUGCUUGUAGUAGAUCCCAUAAUCCCAGCGGUUGUUACGGAAAAACGUGCGCAUUGUUUUAGCAGUUAAUAGCGAACUGCGCAAGUAAUGGCGGAUGAAACAUCGUUGUUUUCACUGUUUUGAAGCGCUGUAACCACGCUACUGAUAGUUUUUACCUAAAUCGUUUGAAAGAACGCUUUUCGUUUGGUUGCGGACGAGAUGAUGGAGUAAUCAACGACGAUAUUUUCAAAUUCCAUACAGUUUAAAACACUGAAGAUUGCAAACGAAUCAAAUGUUAAUCGUUCCAUAAACAAUUCGACUUGAACAUAAGCACAAUGUUUCAUAAAGGAGGAGCAGGAAAACAAAGAGGCUUUGGUUUUGGAGGCUUUGCAUUGGCAGCUAAGAAGGAACAACCUUUGCCGAGUAAUUUGGGUAGAGGAAUUCCAGUUUCGAAGCCAGUAGGAAAUACGAAGAAAGCCCAGUCCUCAAGCACAGGUCAGAAGGGUGUAACGUCUUUUCCGUUGCCUGGAGCCAGAAAACCGUGAGUAUGAUAACUGCGUUUAGUGGUUUGAGAACAGUACGUUUUCUGUUGGAUAUUUGUUACAUAUGCUGUAUCAAGUUAAGGCUGUGCUCUAAGAAAAAUUGAAGGGUGCCAAGCAUAGGAUAUCUAUGAGAAUAGUAAUACCCCGUCCACACAUAUCCAGACAUUUUUGAAUCCACAACUUUUACUUCCUGGAUUCAAAAAUUUCCACAUCUGCAGGUAUCCAUCUUCAAAUCAAAUUUGCCUUUCCACACGUAUAGGACACGUAUUCGCAUGCACUCUAGUUCCCAGGACUCCUCUGGGAAUAUUGGCAACAGAGCAUGCAUUGUAAAGCAUGCAUUUGCCUUUCAUGAUAAAGAAUUGGGGUUGAUCUUGUUAUAUCACUCGACAAAAAGAUAUCUGGAUUUAGCGUCCACACGAUUCCGGAUUCAUGGCGUAUUCAAAAAUUUCCACUAUGGAGUGCGGAUUAAAAAAGUGGUGGAUUGGCAUGCUGGAUUCACCGAAAACGUGUGGACAAAAGCCAUGUCCAGAAAGAACUAGCUGCAGUUUAAAAAUAUCCAGAUACAUGUGGACCAGGCUUUAAGAUUUCCUAGUUGCCCAAUAGUGAAAGUAACAAGGUACCAAGGGCGAUCUGGCGUUGCUAAAGCACAACCCUGCAAAGUAAGGGAUAAAGAGUGAUGUAGGUGACUUACCAGCAAAUUAAUAUAUAUUUUUAUCAGCGGCAGGAUGGAUGGAGAAAUAAAAUAUAGGUGGAGGAUAAUGUGCAGCUGAGUACAGGUUUUCAAAUUUUUGGUUCAGUCUACAGCCAGCAAAUUGAAAGUGUUACUUGCUGACUUCUUAUUCUUACUAAUUUUUGCACUUGUCCAAAGAAAAUAUCCCAUCUGCAGUAAGGCAUGAUCACUGGACAGAUCAAGUAAUUGAGACUAUUAUUCUGUGGCUGAAGAUUUAUUUUGCAUAGUAGUGAAAGAAACUUAAAGUCAUCAUAAUGUAUCUGUGCAUGUUACAGGUUAAAAGUAUAUUCAGGUUAUUAUACUACUACAUGAGAAAUUUCUGUAAUUUGAUUGGCUUAGAGCAGUGGUAUUUCAACUUAAUUUGAAAUACCUGCAUGUGAAAAUUACAAAUUUUUUAAUUAGGUUGUUUCUCAAUUUCCUUUGUCUCCUAGCCCUAAUUUCUGUAUAAUUAGGCCUCGAAAAUGAAGGAAAUAGAAAAUCAACCAACAAUCUCAGACAAAAACCUUCAAACACUUUGGAAAAUUUUGCUCCCUUUCGUACCCCCCCCCCCUCCCUUUUGCAAUGUUGUUGUAGCCAUGUAACUUUACAAUCACAUCUCAACAUUGCAGAGGGAAAGGGGUGUGCAUAGGUGUUUCAAGGAUUUUUGGUGAGGAUUGUGGGUUUAAAAAUUUUAACCUGAACUUAAUAUUGACUUGUAACAUCUCUCUAAUAACUUUGCUGGUGUUUGUUACUGGAGCAGUGACUGUUGUUUUUUUUAAAGAGAUUAGAAAUUAUUAGGGAGCAUAAAAUCCAAGAUGGUGAUGUCAACAAAAAUGUCAAAUGUGAAUUCAUGGUCUUUCAAUCUUCAUCACAAUUAUUAUUUCAACUCACUUACUUUGUGAAAUGUAGGUGAAUUCCCCUGGAAUUGAAAUCGUAAGAACUAUGUCCAAGUUCAGAAAGGGACAGAAAAUUUCAUUGUGGCUUAUACACAUCCUCCAUAAAAUGUGAAAUUAGGCAUCUUCAUAUUGUAAUAGUGCAGUGAUGGCAUAGACAAAAGCAAAAAAGUGUGUUACCUGUGCAAAGUGGUUGAUUUCCCUAUCAAACCUACAGUAUUGUUUUUCAGCAUUCUCAUUGCCUUGCCAUUGCCUGAUCGUAAGGUUUCUUAUAAUUUGGAGGGUUGGGAUUUAUUAUAGGAAGGUGCGCUGACUUCCAUUUAUGUUAAAAUGCAUUAUAUGAUUUGCAGGGUCUUUGUGGAUAGUGACAAUGAAGAUGAUGAAUCAAAGUUUAUUGAUGAUGAGGAUAAAGAUGAAUCUGGACCAUCCUAUCCGCACGUAGCAGAUGAUGGUGAUGAUGAAGAAGAUGAGUUGGAUAAAUUUAUGGCCGGAAUUGAGGUAUUAUAAAGGAAAACUGGCAAGACUCUUUUAAGUGUAUAAAGGAAUCCAUCCAUUUCAUGACACUCAAUCAACUUGAGUCACAGCGAGUGAGCAAUCAGAGAAGGAAACAAGAGAACGUUGUUGUGACAUACUGGUAUCAGGCUUCUACCCUGAAUUAAUGGAUUGAAUGUAGUGCUCAGUCCCUUAUCUAGCUGUGCCUGAUUAUGCUCUUAAGAGCUGGUAGCUGGGGAUUUAGUAAUAAUUUAUUAGAAUAAUUAGAGUAAAUUUUAAAUAAUGUAUGAUUUACUUAUGAUUUAUAAUAAUUAUUAUAAAUAUAUUAUAAUUAUUAUGGCUCUCUGAGUGUCACUAAAUUUUAAAGAACACUUAUAAUAAUAAUAAAAAUUAUUAUGAUAAUCAUUCACAAUAUACUUAUCUGUGUUAGAGCAAUAUAUUAUAGCUAAUACUAGACUCUUCUGGGCUGGCCAAGAAUCACACAGGAAUGUAAAGCUGAAUGAUACAAUACUAGCUUCUGUACAGCUGUAACAUUAAAAGUUGUUACUGUAAUGCCAUGAUAAUUGUACAUUAUUUUGUACUUUUCAGCAUGAGGUCCGAAAAGAGGCAAGUAUGUCUGAGAAGGAAAAAAGUGAAAAAGAAAAGAAAAAGUAAAUAAUGUUACUGUAUUUUGUUACUGUAUUUGUUACAUGCUUGGUUUUAUUGUAUAAGAAUCCAAUGAUUAGAGUUUACUUUUGCAUUAGUGAAGAAUACAGCUAGAAAAAGUAAAUUUUCAAUGAAUUUAAGGUAUGCUUGUCAUUUUUUCUUUUGCAUCCAACUUCUGGGCAGAGCUGCACUAAUAGUUGGUUGUUUAGUUUUGUUUAAUUCUCACUUUUGAUGGUUAUUCUGUAGCCUGUAUUAUGGUCAAAUGAAUGCAUUACUGUACCAUUUUAUUUUGGUUCUGAUCAGGAUUCGAAGAGAUGAUAUUGAGGAUGAGGAUGAUCAGGAAUCUUAUUACAACUACAUGAAAAAUGCUCCUGUAGUUGCCUAUCCUGAUGAUGAGGAAGAACUUGAAUAUGACAGUGAUGGCAAUCCUAUUGCUCCAGAAAAAUCAAAGGUGAGUGAGUCAAUUCAGUACACUUACUAGGAAAAGGACUUGGUUUCAUCUAGUUCAAUCUUUAAGGAUUAUAAGCAACUUGAAAUCAGUUUAUCGCAUGGCCAGGAAAAAGGUCACAUUAAGACUGGCACACAGGGCUCAAAAAAAGUAGAUUUUCUUGCUGGUCAAGUAACUGAUCAAGAGUGAUCCUUGGCCAGCAAAAUGUGACAGCUGCUUGCCCAAAGGACAAUCUGGAAUUCAAGUUCUGUUCGACCCCUGGGAAGGAGUUUUAUCUAGGAACUUAUGUCCUUAAAUUUAUCAUGCAGGUGUACCUGAACCUGUUCUAGAUGUAACAAAGUUAAAUUUCUAACCCCAUCUUAAAAAUAAUGCAAAACAGGUAUGCUACUCCACAUACAUUUCAGUAGAAGAUGCAAGAGGAUAUGUAAUUAUGAGUGCUUACCAAAAGACAGAAUUGGCCAGCUUAACAGGUUAUUUUGAAGGUUAACUGGGCUUUUCUCAUGAGUUUUUGGUAUAAAAGGGUUUCUGAUAGGGUGUAACAAAAAAAUUAAAAUUUGUUAGACUUUGGGGGCAAAUAAAAUAAUAUUCAUUGUGGGAAAACAUUUGCACAGUAAUUGUUCAAUUACUUGAUUUGUGGCUUAAUGUAAUGUAGGCAAGCUUAAACAUGAGACCAUAAUGGCCAGCAUUGUCCAUCACUAAUCAUAUUGGGUUGCUCUUUGGGCAUUUGUAGGGCUAUGGUAAUUUUACAAUACUUUUGCUGAGGUCAAUCAUUUUGCUCGGGUUGCCUUCGGGUGUAUUUGUUUCACAAUGAAUGCUAACUACAUGGUUACAUGAAGUACCGGUAGUUUUCAAUUUAACUCUUUCUUUCUUUCUUUCUUUUUUUUUAGAUAAUUGUACCUCUCCCGGCUGUGGAUCACUUUGAGGUAUUUUUUCUGUAAAUGUAGCUGUUGUGGGUAAAAUCCAUUCUUAGAUGAAUCCAGAAUUCAAUCUAGUUUUUUCUAGCCACAAUUUUUGUUAGGAGACAAAGGCUUGAUUGAAACACUGGAUUAUCUGAAUCCAUUUUAGGUGAUAAGAAUACAUGUAAAUAUGCUUAUUGUGUUGUGAGGACACUUGAUGGAUAUUUGCUUUGUAUUGUAAAUGCUAUUAUCUGAUAAAUAAGACAAGGAAUAAUAAUUCAGUUUUUUCAUUAAGAAUUCUAGUAGCAGGAAAAAGGUGUAACGUUGCAGGAGAAUAUUUUGAAAGAGGCUCCAUGUCUGAAUAAAAAAAUAGCCAUAAGGCUACUGAACGUUUGCAGGAGAAUUCUGUGUAGUAAACGGAGUAUUCUUUGAUCUCUGAUACGACAACAACAACAACAAGAAUUACAGUCAAACCACCCAAAUACAUACACAAAGAGACAGAGACAGUUAUUACUGUUCUCAUUACAGAGGUGUCCGUAUUAUAAAGCAGGAAAAAAAAUUGUAUGCAGUUUUGUAUGUUUGGGACCAAAACAAAUGUCUGCAAUAGGGAGGAGUCCACCGGCUGGUCAUUAGUAUAGCAGCAAACUGCAGAAAAAUCAGCUGGCUACUUUUAGUUGGAAAAUGAGUCAAAUAAAGCAAAACAAUUUAGGAGGAUUUGUUGGAUAAAUGACCUGCUAAUUCCCUGAGAGACCAGCCAACUUCCGUAUUGUGGAGUUGUUUGUAUGGAGAGCUUCGACUGUCAACUCAGAGUAUAUCCAGUCUUCUCUAUUGAUUUUGUCGGGGUUCGUACGUGUCUUGAAAACCCUUAAAAACUCUUGAAUUUUAAGAGUCCUUUUUCAAGGCCUUGAAAGUCCUUGAAAUUCUCUGUCGUUCAUUUUGGUUCUUGAAAGUCCUUGAAGUUUUAAUCAAAGAACAUUUGAUAAGAAGCAUCAUCACUAUAAUUGUCUUGUUCAGUACGGAAGGUAAUUCUUUGAUAAGUACUCACAAACGAAUUUUCAUAAAAAAAAUGGUUGCCAUUACUACCAGAAUACUUUUAUAGUUUGUUUGGAACCUGUGUUAAAAGUAAUAAAUUUAAAAAUGUGUCCUUGAAAAGUCCUUGAAUUUUACGGCAGAAAAAGUGUACAAACCCUGUCUUGUGAAUGGUCUUUUUCUAUUUUCAUUUGUUGCAGAUUGACUACCCCCAAUUUGAGAAAAACUUUUACAUUGAACAUGAAGAAAUUUCAAAACUUACAGCCCAUGAGGUUCAAGAAUUGAGGAAGAAGUUGGCAGUCAAGGUAACUUUUGAACCUUCUAUGCAAUGCAUGGCAGCCUGUACACUUCAAUUUAAUGAAUGAUUUCUGAUGUUUAUUCACCCCAUUAUUUUAUAUCAACAACAAAUUUUUUUAAACUAUGCUAGCUACAUACAACAAAAGCUGAUUUCUAGGUGGGGCAUAGGAAACACACAUGUCAAAAAAUAGAAACAAUAUAGGUAGUGCAUGCAAAUACAUGUAUAGUCGCAGAGUAAUUUGAAUUAAAUUUCUAUAGCUCAAGCUUUUACCAUAAUGUUUCUCUUCAUGAACUAUGGAGGAGUUUGAGAAACUGUCUUGAUUUUCUUGUACUUAUUGGUGCUGUUUCUUUGAUUGGCAGGUUUCUGGAGCGUUGCCUGUGCGGCCGUCCAUCAGUUUUGCACAUUUUGGUUUUGAUGAGCAACUUAUGGGUGCAAUCAGAAAACUGGAGUACACACAACCUACACCAAUCCAGUGUCAGGUAUUAAACCCUCAUUGUCAAACAAGUAUGCUGCCGACUUUCCUGUGAUGUUGCAAGUCCAAUGCUCUAACCACUCCACCACACUGCACACUGUGUUCUUCAGUAUAAAUAACCGUACCGUAAAAAGUAUAAAUAACCGUAGUGAAAAAAGGUAAAAUUAAGCUUUCCGGGCCGUCUUUUUUUUUUAGAACACGCGCAAAAACUUUAAGUUAAAUCUCGUACUCGUAUUCGUUCUCGUCCUGAAAUCUAAAACUCUCUAAUGUCGGCUGUUUCCUCACGUUAGUCGCUGAAUGUAUGUCGAUAGCAAUCUGCGUCUUCUGAUUUCAGGCAAUUCCCGUAGCACUGAGUGGACGAGACAUCAUCGGCAUUGCUAAAACAGGUUCUGGUAAAACAGCGGCAUUUCUAUGGCCAGCACUAGUACAUAUUAUGGACCAGCCAGAGCUGGAGCAAGGUGAUGGUCCCAUUGCACUCAUAUGCGCCCCUACAAGAGAACUUUGUCAACAGAUCUUUAUAGAGGCACGACGGUUUGGUAAAGUGUAUAACAUUCAUGCCGUGGCUGUCUUUGGUGGGGGAAACAAGUAUGAGCAAUCAAAAGCCCUUCAGGAAGGGGCUGAAAUUGUUGUUGCUACUCCGGUAAGAAAACAGUCUUUUUGUUACUACUCUGUGGAGUGGGGGGAGGGGAUGAUUCUUCAAGCAUCCUGUCUCUUAGACUCCAGAGUAUCCCCCUACCCCCGGGAUCUUAUGUCUGACUAUUUUGAUACGAAGUUAGUUUUAAAAGGAUUGCAACUGUUUGCUAACUGUAAUAUUGUAUAUGCUGAAGCACCUCACCUUGUCAUCUUUAGGGACGUUUGAUAGAUCAUGUGAAGGCAAAGAGCACAAAUCUUCAAAGGGUGACGUACCUGGUAUUUGACGAAGCAGACAGAAUGUUUGACAUGGGAUUUGGUAUGCGUGUUAACAAUGAUUGGUGAAUCUCUUUUCUGUGAGUUUUUCUGUAAAUAAAAUUACUUAAAUGAUAUUUGAUUCUCUUCUUUGUUUUUUGAUCAGAGCCCCAAGUGAGAUCUAUUGCAAGUAAUGUUCGUCCUGACAGACAAAGUAAGGGUUUGGCUGAACUCUAAACUCAUGUCAAGAAAAGACUUUCUUAGCGAUUUGGGUACCAGAGGUUUUUUCUCGCGUGCGACGAGGAGCUUCGUCAGCCACAGGCCGACACGUCUUCGGCGGAAGCCGCGAGAAGAAACCUCUGGUUACUUUAUAACCUGGUAACGCAGACCUCUUUUCGGGUGAAGAGAAGGGACGACCGGAGAUACGUCUGCUUUCGCAGGCUAGUCACUAUAAAGACUUGACAGUAAAACUUAACCAAAACUGGAAACCGCGUAUGAAGAGCCUCUGGCAUCCAGAGUAACUAAGCGAAGGAAGAGGUACUUAUUCACACGUGAUUCACAGCAUAAAUCACGUGACAAAACGUCGAACUCCAUCACUUGAUGAAGAUUCCGUGAUGGUAUCUAAAGUUGGUCAGGGGGUGUGCUGAAAAGUUUUCUGCCCUGGAAUUUUAAACCUCAUCUAUGCUAGAUAUCUUUCUUAUUUGUUUGUAAUUUCUUGUUUAAAAGUAAAUCAUUUACAUAAACGUGUAAAAGAAGGACAUCCAGUGUUAAAAUUCGACGUUUCUCUUUAGGCUGAAUUUUGUGUUGUUCAAAUUUUCGUUUGUGCAUUCUUUGUCUUAAACUCCUUUAAUAUCGUGUUGUGGCCGGGUAUUAUUCAGUGAGAGCCGUGAGGAUGCCCAUUUAACAUGUCUCUUUGUUUCUGCUGUUUUUUUUUUUUUUACCUCGAGGAAGUAAUUAAAAUACUCUCUUUACAGCUCUACUCUUUAGUGCGACAUUUAAGAAGAAAGUUGAGAUGCUUUGUCGCGAUAUUUUGACUGAUCCAAUUAGAGUUGUUGUGGGUGAACUUGGUGAGGUAAGAACUAGUUCCCUUCCAGCUAAAAAUCUGCCUUAAUUAUUUGAGUAGUACAAUUAUGAAAUUAUUACCAAAGUAAGCUAUUUCAGUCGAAACUGUUCUCAUAUUUUUCUAAUUCUUUUUAGUGUUCGAAGUUUGCCAACCACGGACUUAGCCUUUUAUCGAAGACUGUCUUUUAGUCCUGGCAUUUGCUGCAACGAUUUCCAUUUUUUCUUUGAAAUGAUAAGUCUUGUUUCCUAGUCUCAUGUAAUGUUUACCUACAGGCAAAUGAAGACGUUCAGCAGAUUGUUGAGAUAUUACCAGCUGCGUCUAAUAAAUGGCCAUGGCUUACAAGUCAUUUGGUUUCAUUCACAUCAGGUACGGAGACGGCAGGACUGGGUUCAAACUGUCUUAUUGUGAUUUUUCAGUUUUCUUUUUUUUUUUUCAUUUUUUUUGAUAAAUUCUGGUUUUCUGUCAAACCAUUCUCCGGGAAGGACAUUUCCCAUAAUCACAGAUAAGGAGAAGACAGACUUUUUAUCUACUGACACUUUUCUGAGUUUUCAAUGUAAACCCGAUCCGUACGAAAUUCGUCUCAAAAAUUGAAGAAAUUCAGUGCCGUGUGCCGCCAAUUUGGAACAAGUCAUGCAUGAUGAUGUCUAUCAUUUCGUCAAAUAUCAAAUUGCGGGAGGCUCCAAUGGCGGGAAAGUUUGGCGUUGUUGCCACGUUCCCAACACAGGGUCAUAUUUUUAUUUGUGAUUAGAUAAAUUAAUGUUCUGUCCACAGUGACCCUCUCUCUCAAAUAACGGAAAAAAACAAACAACAAGUGCUUGCCUUUUUAUCCCAAGGCGUGCUGCAAUUUAAAUGGCUGACAUGCAUUUUGAAAAGUUGUAGACGUUUAUUGCCAAAUUGUAUCAAUAACCUUUUUAGAUACCAUUUUCAACUCAGCCACAAAAUGCUUUUAUAAGCUGAAUCAAACGAAAUACGUUAUGAACCCAUGAGAAUAUUGGCCAAUUUUUUUUUUGUAGAGACAAAUUAUUCAAUUCAUUUGCCUGAGAAAAGAGCCGACAUUUCGCGAAGCCAUCACUGGUUUCCCCGCGAACUUCGAUGAUGCCUGAGGAACGAACCCAGAAAUUUCAUACUGAUGACGUGUCAGUACCCAGAUCUCGGUAGUGCUUUUGAUUGGUUGAGGCAAAUGUCCCCCCUGGCACGACCAAUCAGAGCACCUACCAGAUCUAGGUAGUGACACGUCAUCAGUAUGGAAUUUCUGCGCUCUUUCUUCAGACUUGAUAAAAUCAGAGGUAGUGUCGCGAAAUGUUAACUCUUUUCUUAGGCUAGCACUCUAUAGAAAUUCAGUAUUUGUGAUUCUGUUUUCUUUUUGUUUCUUUCAGCUGGCAGUGUCCUCAUCUUUGUAACCAAGAAGGCAGAUAGCGAAGAGCUUGCAGCAAAAUUGAAGACUAAAGAUUUUGACGGUAAGCGGCAAUGUGCAAGAAAGUGGUUAAUUAAAGCUAAUAAGCGGCUGUUUCCUGUAAAAAGGCAGUUGUUUGAGUUAAAAUAAGUAGGUGCGAAGAUGAUGUCAGUAAAUCAGUUUACCUUUUGAGUUUGGAUUGUUGCUUGUCGAUAUUGGAAAAUUUUCUUUCAACCAUACCGUGAACUUUCGCUUAUAAGAAUUCCUCCUUGCGAAUCGUCCUCCAGUGGCGAUGGGCGAGGAGAAACGUCUGUUUUCGCGGGCCAUCAAUCUGCAAACCAAAAGAAAACAUACGAUUAAAAGCCCCCCUCAAACUUGUAAAGGAAUGAAUUCGAUUUAUUACGACGUUUUGAAGCUUAAUUAAAAACCAGUAAAGUGUAAAACGCUUUGUGAUCAGCACUGCUAUAACUUGUUUCGAUGCUCUUUUUUUCGUUUCGGUUAUCCUUUAAUACACGAACGGUCGAGUACUUUAUAUGAUGCUUAAUCAUUAUUUUUUGUUCGCGCAUUUAGUUUUGUUGUUGCACGGAGACAUGGACCAGUUUGAAAGAAACAAAGUCAUCAACGCUUUCAAGAGACAGGAGGUUCCAGUCUUAGUAGCAACCGAUGUAGCAGGUAGGAUGCGUAGCCAGUUAUUUUACCCACAGAGAAGUUUAUUUUCACACACUGCACUUGCACUUUUUAUUUGAGUGCCAAUGUAUUUAGCACGAAAGUGCUAAUUGGGGACACUAUUUUUACGUCUCCUAAUGGAGACGGGGCCGCCAUUUUACGGAUGAGCCAGCCAAAGUUUCAUUUUACCCACAUUUUAAGACCCUUAGUAAUGGUCCGGCCUCGGGAAUCGAACCCGCCACCUCCCGCUCUGCAGUCAAACGCUCUACCGACUGAGCUAAUCCUGCCACUAUUAGUCGGUUCUUAAUUUUACAACUGUUAAUGGGGACCUUAAACAACUAGAAUGUUGACAUCCUGGGUCCGGUUCCUGGAAGGCUGAUUAGCGCUAAUCCAGCGUUAAGAUUUUGUUCCAAUUUUUGUAUUUACCUUCCUAUGCAUUACUUAGACAAACAUUUUAUGUAAAUCAUUACUGUUUCUCAGAGUAAAGGCUAAAAGGUAUUUUGUAAGCUUGAGUUAGAUGUUCUUCGGUUAAUCCUGGAUUAAACUUCACCAUCUUUCUAGGAUCCGGGCCCUGGAGGUCAAAAAUGGCAACCGCAAGCUUAUGUUUUCUCUCUUUCAGUGCUUUGGCUCGACAAAUUUGUACAGUGGGAGUUAAUACAAAAGGCAUUCAGAUACGUUGUGCGGGACAAAAACCUUUAUCAAGCGAAACGUCGAACUUCCAGUUGCUAGUCAGCGUUCUCGUUGCUUAAGCUUGCUAAUAUUCCAUGUAUGCUCCAUUUUCAGCUCGUGGAUUGGACAUCCCGUCAAUCAAAACGGUCAUAAACUAUGAUGUAGCACGUGAUAUUCACACGCACACGCACCGGAUUGGUCGAACCGGAAGAGCGGGUAAUGACUUGUUACAUUCACCCAUAGAGUAAAUAGGAGACAUGAAAUGCUAAUUCUAAAUUUUUAGUUUGUUGUUAAAAUCUUAUAAGGUGUGAACGUAAGAACCUCUGUAUGAAAGAACCCCUUAACGUGAGAACCCUGGAACGUAAGAACCCGUGAAGAGUGCCUGAAGGUAAGAACUCGUGGACAUAACAACCCCUGAACGUGAGAAGCCCUGAACCUAACAACACCUGAAUUUAAGAACCCCUGAACCUAAGAAUCCCUGAACGUAAGAAGCCAUAAACGUUAGAAUCCCUGUAGCGGGGUUUUGCUCAUUGAUUUUGUCUUUUCUUGUCUAGGUGAGAAGGGCGUGGCUUACACCCUUAUUACACCAGCGGAUCAGAACUUUUCAGGAGAUCUCGUGCGGAAUUUGGUGAGUUCGUAUGUGUAAUCAAAUGAUCACGAGUGAAAUUAGGGAAAAAUUUCACGCGCGUUUUGUCCAAAUCCUAAUAAUUUCCCGAGCCUUCAGGCGAGGGAAAUUAUUAGGAUUUGGACAAAACGCAAGUGAAAUUAUUCCCUAAUUUCACGAGUAUACCAUUUGAUUACCUAUUAAUAUCAUGGGUGACGAAUUACGUUAGCAAUCUUGGAUUUUUGACAUGUUUAUCCUGGAUCGUAUCGAUGGAGAACUCCACUCUCUCAAAUGUUAGACCUUAAAUUUGGCAUAUAAAGUUCAGAAUUUUUCAGAGUUUUUCCGCAAAAUACCUGUUAGAAUCCUUCUUGAUGUUCUCUUGUGUGUUCAGGUUUUCUAAAGCGUCUUUUUGUGCCCUGACAUUCAUUCACGGCAUUUUAAAACUUCGUCGCCAUCUUGACACUGAGACGUACGGAAUGGUUGCCAUGGCAAUUUUGUAAGUUCACAUGUGAAAUUACAAAUUAACGCUGAAAUUUCGCGCCAAAAUUAAGGAGUAAUUAGUCACCUAUGAUAUUAUAAUAAUAAUAAUUAGGUACCGUAUAAAGUAAUUACUCUACGUUGCACUGCUUACCUCCUCCUCCAAUGACCUCAUAGUCGGCCAGACGGAGCAGUCUCUCCUUAUUUCCCCCAUCUCUGGCCAUCCCCUGCACGUGUAAAUUCCGCGGUCCUCUUUAUAUUUGACAUACCAUUUUCGUUAGUGGCUUUUUACUUUUCCCUGUAGUCAUUUCAUGUGACCAUUUUUGUCAGGAAGGUCAAGAAGUUCCCUAGAAUCUAGCAUGUUCCUUUAGAUCUAGUAUCGUUAUAAGGUAAUCGGUCUGUGUGGUAAGUAAAACCAUACACUGUUGGUGUUGAAUUCUUUUGGGAGCUUAAACAAUCUAAUUUUUUUCUUCUUUAGGAAGGCGCUAAUCAAGUAGUGCCAGACGCUUUGAUGGAAAUGGCCAUGAAGGUUUGUACUUCAUGUAACUGUUAUUGAACAAAAGCCGUUUCUUUCCGACUGCCUGCGCGUUUCAAAUCAUCAAAUUCAGUGUUGUUCUCUUCCUGUUUACAGAAUUCGUGGUUCCGCAAAUCUCGUUUCCAACACGGAAAAGGAAAGGCCAGCGGCAGAGAAGGAAGACCGCGCAUGCGUGAAAGACCCGGCUUAGGAAUGCACGGAUCAUCCGUAAGUUGUCACAAUUAUUGAAAAAAGCUUUGCGAAGUGGAACAAUAAAGUAAAUAGUCAACUGUUGAAUAUAUGAGAGGACGCUAUGCUCUAUAAAAAGAACGGAAUAUCUUAGAGGAGGUCUCCAUCACGGCUGACGGUUAUUUGACAUCUUUAAGAAAUGACUUGUUUUGUCGUUGGAUAGGGUUUGAACAAAAUAUAAAAUGUUUCAACAAGCAACUCCCUCAAAAUUACAAUUGGGGCUAUGAACUUCUUAAGAAACAGCUUAGCUUCCCGCAAGCGGCCCCAUAAAAUGUGAAGAUUUGGUAGUCGCUUAGGAGUGAUUGGCAUUUAACUUCUCAAUAUUCAAGCAGAAUACAUUGUUCAUCAGAAUGGUUAUGUGAAUAGGCAAAUGUAUCAGCUAGAAGGUGUUAUGAUGUAACCCCAAAUUCUCUUAACUAAUGUACAAGGAAAUGUCUUGCCCGCCAGGAAGGAGAAUCACGGAUCAGUUUCAUAUAUAGAUAAAGGGUGAAGCCUCAUUUCCAUAUAAUCAUGCAGAUCGUAUCCAGUCGAUAGCUCGUCAGCAGUUUAAAAAUGUGUUGAUGCGAUCACACAUGGAGGUUCGACUAUUUUCACAUUCAUAUUUUUUGUUGAUUGAUGGACCCAAAGCAAAAAUGGUUGCUGGAUUAAUAUUCUUUUGUUUAAAUUAAAAUUAACCUGACUAGCCUCGCUUAAAAUAAUGUAUUCUUUAGAAUUUGUCCUGAAGAACGAGGCUGGUCAGGCUAAUUUUAAUUUAAACAAAAGAAUGUUAAUUCAGCAGCCAUUUUUGCAUUGGGUCUAUUGUGCUUUUAGUAAAGUAUCUCCAUCUGCACAGGAAACCCAGGUCAGUGACAGCAGAGGCGCACAGCACUCCACUCCAAACUCGUCGUCCUCUCCAUACUCGUCAUCUGUGUCAUCAUCAUCGUCUCGUGGAGUGUUCGGUUCAUCGGCGAUGAAUGAUCGUACGUCAGCUCUCAAGGCAGCUUUCCAGGUAAAACAUUUUAAAAUUUGAACUUCUGGGUCCAGUUAUUCGAAGAUCGAAUAGCGCUAACCUUGGGUUAAAUUUUAAUGCGGGUUUUUGUUUCUUUUAUGCAAAAGCAUUUUCUCGGAUAAUUUUCUCUAUUCAUUCUCUAGCAUCCGACCAUCAAAUUGUAGACUAAACGACUUAAACUUAAUUUUCUUUUUAAGCUUUCUUAUCUGAAAUCAAAUUUUGCACUAACCUUAGGUUAUCUUAAAACAGCUUUGAACAACCCGGCCCUGAACAAUGAUCCAAGGUAUAAAACUGUUUCUUGUCAUCUGUUGCAACGUAUGACAAGGAUGAACAUGGAUUGAAACUUUAACAAGCUGGGCUAACUUUUUCAAUGGCAGAAAUCACCAACAAAAUUAUUAUAGUUAGUGUUCCCUGAUGCGUUUGUCUUUUAUUCAUCAGGCUCAGUACAAGUCUCACUUCCGCGCUGCCUCUUCGUCCGCUUCCAACACUUGGGACGCUCAAAGUCAUCAUAGUACUGCUAAGCCGCCUGAACAGACUAAACAAACAAAAUCCACAAAACCACCCGUGAAAAAAUCCCGCUGGGAGCCCGCUUAGGAACGCGACUUCGAAGUGCGUAGAAGCAUGUGUUGAUUAGAAGCCUAGAGCGCUUACCAUUUGUAUGGGAAACCCAAUAAUUCCGGAAAAAAUCCAAAUGGAACUGUUCAUUCCGGAGGAAAUUUUUGGAAAAAAGGUAACACCUUCGCAGACCGAAAUUUUCUGUACCUUUUUUGUGGAUUACCAGUGCAAGGCUUCCUCACGAAUUUACCCGUAUUUUGUAAAUGGUACAACUCAGAGAUCUUCCUAAAAAGAAAUUUAGGAAAGUACUUCACAGAUUGCUUUCGGAUAUCUUAAAAAGAGAAGAUGACUAUAUUGAGACGCCCUUAAUAGUUGAAAAAGUUCGAUUAAUAGUUUAGUGAUUUCUGUA